AUGCCCGGUAGAACCGAGACUCGUCAGGUCACGACAAGACGGCAGCCCGACCUUGAUGGGAGCGACGGCAACCCCGUUCCGCACGAGGGCCUCGUCCUCGCAAAACUCUGGAACAACGUCGCCAUCGUUCUCCCUCCCGGCAACGGCGGCGGCUGCGUCACCCGCAGCCCCUUCUCCAGUAUGACGGUCCGCCUCGGACCGCAAGCGAUGAUUUCGUACGGCAACGCCACCACCUCGAAUUCGGCAACGCUCAUGGAGGGCAACCCGCGCUGCCUGACGCGGGACCUUAACGCCUACCCGCUGCGCCGAUGGGCCAACUCCGGCAACAUGAUAAACCUGAUCCGAGAAAACAGCGCCGUCGAGAAGUUCCAGGCCGUCGCACAGGGAGGGAUCCGAGGCACGCCAAGACUAGGCAGCUGGGCGGGAACCCUCCUCGGAUGUCUUCUCAAGCGCUGGCGACGCGGCAAUAUAAUCGGCUGCAUUGGGCCUGGCAGAACCUAA